GAAAUUGAUAAAUUAAUUGAAAAAGAAAAAAGCGUCAGAGAUAAAGAAUGCAAGAUUCUUUUAUUAGGUAGUGGUGAAUCGGGUAAAUCAACCAUUCUUAAGCAAAUGAAAAUCAUCAAUUUGAAUGGUUAUUCUCAAGACGAAUUAUUUACUUGGCGUACAACAGUUUAUCGAAAUAUAGUUGAAUCCGCACAAACUAUUGUACAAGCAUUAACAGAAGCAGGUUUAACGUUUGAAAGCCCAGAAUUAAAUGAAAAUAUAGAUCGAAUAUUAUCUUAUAGAGUAUCCGGGAACCCUAAGAGUCAAAUAAGCCCUGAGAUUAUCGCUUUCUCUAAAUUACUAUGGAAAGACCAUGUUGUUAUUUCAUGCCUACAGAAAAGAGAGCCAAAUUUUUAUUUAAUGGACUCCGCAACUUAUUUUUUUGAAAAUUUAGAUAGAAUUGGCCAAGCAAAUUAUGUACCUAAUGAACAAGAUGUCUUGCGGGCAAGACUAAAAACAACGGGAAUUACUGAAAUACAAUUUCAAUUAGGCGGUUUAUUUAUACAUAUGUUUGAUGUAGGUGGACAGAGAUCAGAAAGGAAGAAAUGGAUUCAUUGUUUUGAUUCUGUAACAUCUAUUAUUUUUUGUGUUGCUUUAAGUGAAUAUGACCAAGUGUUAUUAGAAGAAUCAAAUCAGAAUCGUAUGUUGGAAAGCUUAGCAUUAUUUGAAUCAAUUGUAAAUAGUAGAUGGUUUAUUCAUUCUUCAAUCAUGUUAUUUUUAAACAAAGUGGAUGUAUUCAAAGUUAAAAUCGUUAGUUCACCGCUUGAAAAUUAUUUUCCUGAUUAUGGAGGUGGUAGUGAUGCUAAUAAAGCUGCUAAAUAUAUCCUUUGGCGUUUUUUACAAUGUAAUCGAAAUAAGCUGAAUAUUUACCCUCAUCUUACACAAGCUACAGACACAUCUAAUAUUCGAUUUGUAUUUGCAGCGGUGAAAGAAACAUUAUUACAGAAUGCGUUAAGGGAUUCCGGCAUGUUAUAAUUAACUAUAUACAUUCUAUAUAUACACGCAUAGUAAUAAUGAUAAUCAAAAAAAAAAAGUAGACAUACACAUACAUAGUAAUAAUAUAUUAUUCUUUACCCUCCUUCUUUUUUUCUUUCUCUUCCUAUUAAUAUAAUUAUAUACCUUUUUUAAUAAAUAAUUUUUAUUAUUAUC